CGGAAGUUGCGUUGUCGCCUUUCCUUCCCUGACCAACUCAUUUAGCAAGUUAGCAAUGUCGGGUAUUGAAGAGAUUUCCAACGAUUCUGUGACAUUUAAAGAAGACAACGAGUUUAACGAAGAGGCGGGGGACCACAUCGACGAUGACUUUGUCAUUCAUCGAUAUAUUUUUUACAGAGACAGGAAGGAGUGGGCUGACUUGGAGCCUGUUCCUCAAGAUGAUGGACCGAACCCUGUUGUCAAGAUUGCUUAUUCAGAAAAGUUCUCUGAUGUCUUUGACUAUUUCCGUGCCCUGCUGAAGAAUGACGAAAAGAGCGAACGAGCUUUCGCCUUGACAGCAGAUGCUAUUGAACUGAAUGCAGCAAAUUACACAGUGUGGCACUACAGGCGAGUUUUACUACAAGCGUUGUCAAAGGACCUAAGGGACGAAAUGAGGUACAUUACGGCCAUCAUUGAGGACCAACCUAAAAACUACCAAGUCUGGCAUCACAGACGUAUAGUAGUCGAGUGGUUGAACGAUCCCUCAGAGGAGCUGGAGUUCAUUGCAGACGUCCUCAGCCAAGACGCAAAGAACUACCAUGCCUGGCAGCACAGACAAUGGGUCAUCCAGGAGUACAAACUGUGGGACGCUGAGCUGGAAUUUGUUGAGAAUCUCUUGGAUGAAGAUGUGAGGAAUAAUUCUGCGUGGAACCAGAGGCAUUUUGUCAUUUCACACACCGCAGGCUUCUCGGAUCAAGCCGUACUUGAGCGAGAGAUUGAAUACUGUCUGACCCAAAUCAGAAAGGCCCCCCACAACGAAAGCGUGUGGAACUAUUUGAAAGGGAUAUUUCAGCACAGAGGUUUAUCGGCUCAACCUGGCCUGCUGGAGAAAGUCCUCGAGCUAAAGGAGACCCAUUGUUCCUCUUACCUUCUCGCAUUUCUCUUUGAUUGUUACGAGGAUGCUUUGGAGAGCAACAGUCAAAAAGGACGAGCAGAGGAAGACCGGGUGGAAAUUUUAAAAAGAGCUCUAGAAAUUUGUGAACUUUUAGCCCAGGAGAAGGACAGCAUCCGCAAGGAGUAUUGGCUCUUUUUAGGACGUUCCCUGAAGAACAAAUACGGAUCGAGCGAGCCAGCCGACGCUGAGGCGCCAUCCGCGACAGCCGAGCAGCAGGAAAUGAACUAGUUGCACAAGUCCCAAUCCACUCGUUUUGUUUUCUUAUUACUGUACUUUGCCAUUGUGUGUAUUGCAGUUGUUGUUUUUUUUUUUUUUUUUUUUUACAUACCCUCUACGGUGCAUCAUAGAGGAAACGGAAUAAGAAAUAUGGAUUAUAUAUCAAGCAAUUCUGUGUAAAGUCCUUCCUUUAAAACCAUCCAUCCAUCUAUUGUCCAUACCGCUUCGGGCUUCAUUCAUUCAUUUGGCUGUUGUUUAAAUUCUGUUCUAGUGACUCAUCACUUAAAUCCUUCGUCUGUUACUCCUUUCUGUUUUUUGAAGAUUCAGUAAUAAUAAAGCAAGGGCAGUAUUAUCUUCA